CCUCUUGUCGGCCCACGAGAGCAUAAAAAGACAAGAGUCUGUCAAAAAAAGCAACAACUCGAAUAGAGAACUACUCGGACAGAAACAGUACGUCGGUAAGAUGAACCUCAUGAUCAAGCGUUUCGUCCUUCUCCUGGUGCCACUUAGUGAAAUAAAGUUCAGAACAAAGAGAGUGGCAAAAUGGUUCGCUACGAGAGAGAAGUCGGAGUACAAACGGAAAAUUCGAAAACACGGCACAAAAAUCUUGGUAAAUUGAAAAUAUUUAUUUAAACAUGCAUAUUCAAAAUAGAGUUGCAGCCGUCAUCUUCUUCGACAUAAAGAUUGCAACCAUCCAGACCCACCACUUUCUUCUGUAUCGCGACUGAGUAACUCUGUCGUAAGCAACCAAAAUCGCGAUUGAAACCACGAGGACUUUAGUGUGACCGUCCCCCUUAACCCACCGGGACCGGGUGGGGUGACAGAGAUAGUUCCCUCAAGAAGGGGCCAAAGUGCCCCCCAAGAAUUGUUAUUGCUAGACUUAAUACUUUUAUCUAUCACCUUAUUAUAAAGAUUUGACAUUAUAUGUAAGGAGGUUGGUGUACAACUAAAAACAUCCAAAAGAUGACGGAUGUUACGCAACAACGUAUCAUUCAGCGUUCUAAGACGCAGAAUGAGCUUCGGUCCCCAGUCUUUUCCGGGUCAGCCCCACCGAAGAACCCGGACAAGGAAACGGCUGAGUACUUCUUGUGGAGAAUUAUCUUGUUAUAUUCUUAGAUGAAGAGGAGUCCUCUUAGAUGUAUGGUUCUGGUAUUUGGUAGCCUGAAUUUGAUCACAAGGGUUCUCUUCUUGUUUUCCCUUAUGAUGGAACUCAGGUUCCCAAAUACCGGAGUCAUUCACUCGAGGACGGUCGUGAAGAGGAUGUUGCUGCAUAAUUGAUUCUAAAGACAUCAUGUUGAUCAUGUUCUUGAGUUAGUUAGGCGUGAACCUCACGACCUCCUGCUGCACCGGGAAGAGUCAGUGUACUAAUCUACCAUCUUGGAAAUGAAAAACUACAUCACAUAAAGAGAUGAAAGUAGCACAAGCACUCCUACAAGUUCAUUUUGAAGAAUUCCGACAUCAUAGAAAGCUUGUGACAAGUAUUCCUACGUCGGAAUUGAUGAAAAACUACAAGGUACCUUGCCUACUUAAAAUCGGCGACACAGAAAGUGCUCUUGGAUGAGCAAGCAAAGAUCGACACAACCGAUUACUACGAAGAGAACUCGUAUUACGCGAGAAUCGCAGCAGAUCCAAGGUUUUUAUGAGAAAAGGCCAAGGCCUCAAGCUAGUUCAUUUGACUAAAAAUCUGAACUUCGUAGUUCUCUUGGUAUUAGAAUGAAUGGCUCCGGUCUUUGGUAUAACCUGAAUUUGAUCACAAGGGUUCUCUUCUUGUUUCCCCUUAUGAUCAAAUUCAGGCUAUACCAAAGACCGGAGCCAUUGAACUUCGUCCUCUUUCCCUUUCUAACUCCCGACAAUUUCACGCUGUUUAUCAUCGUUUUGAAUGCAGCGUGGAUCGGGGUGGAUACGGAGAUCAACGACGCACCAGAUAUCACACGAUAUUCGACUGGCUCGGUGUUGAUCGAGAACUUCUUUAUGAACAAGAUGUGUCUACUUUAUUUUCAAUAGUUGUAUUUAGAAGUUUUUUGAAGUGCUAUUAUAAUGUACUUUAUUUUCACUAGUUCAUAGGCAUUCAGACGUGCCAGUACAUGCCCAUGGGCAUUUGCGACAAGAAUAGCAUAAUUUUGUUUCGGUGGUUUGCCAUCUCAUAGUACAGCACGUACGACUUCUAAUGCCGUACUGCCUCUAACACGUACGACUACAACCUCUUUGUCCUUCCUAGAAAUUGAUGAUAUUGAAGAAUGAAUUCAAUCACACUUUGCGACAACGUGGUCUGCGACCUACUCCCUUCCAGACGUUCCACUCAGGAGCAUUCCCUCGACCUUGGCCCAAGGAUGGAGGAGACUGAUUCUACUUGCAUCGUAAUUAAGUCCUAAGAACUUACACCUCAUGCUAGGUAAAUGAAUGAAUGAAUGAAUCCUCUAAUCCGUUCUGCUACUACUUCACAUUUGAAGUAAUAAUCCGCUUCAACGCAUUCAAGUACGCGUGCAACUGCAUCAAAGACUUUUGGUUUCGGUUCGAUUCGGUUUUGGUCCUCCUCAUGAUGAUCGAGACAUGGGUGAUGCCCGUCUUCUUCUCGUUAAGGCUUCGGUGUGGACUUAUUCAGUUUCAGAAGAAAGAACAAGUGACACUAGUACCAGAGGAUAAAAACAAUACAUCAGACAGUCACAGAUAUUACAGCCGUGUCAGUCUUCAGUGAUACUUGGAUGGGUCUGGUAUUUGGUUGGUAACCUGAUUUGGAUCAUGAAGAGGAAAACAAGAAGAGAAUCCUUGUGAUCAAAUUCAGGGUACCAAAUACAAGAACCAUAAAACACCAAGGAGAACGAUUUCGAUUUUCAUCACUUCACUUGUAGCUGAGUCUAACAAACACAGCAUUUUUGUAGCUGAGUCUUUUUAUCGCUUUGUUGAAGAAUUAUAGAAGGAUUUUGAUUUGUUUAAAUUGUGACGAGACAGCAGCCAGUCUCUGUUAGUUAGUAAGACUAACUUCCCAGCAGCAGUCCCCUGCUCGUGCUCCUCUAAUCUUCGGUGGCGGAGGAUUGUCAACGCUGGCCAUUUUGCGUUUGUUGCGUCUGGCAAGAUUGACGAGGAUGGUCAGGAUCAUGCGAUCAGUUCCGGAAUUGCUGACGCUGAUCAAAGGUGAAAAUAUCAUUUCAAAAACAGUUCUCCUUUGUGCAUGGCACCUACAGACUUUUUUAUAGUUUUUUAUUUUUGGAAGUAAAGAAGAUGAAUAACAAACUGAACUUGAAAUGUAGAUAGAACAUGUGGUAGAAAGAUGUACAACCUUCAUCGCAGGUAUGGUCAGAGCAACGAAGUCGGUGGCUUCUACGUUGGCGCUGUUGAUAAUAUUCCUAUACGUCUUCGGUCUCAUAUUCUCGAUGCAGUACAAGGUAGUCUAUGUCUAGUACUCAGAUUCUGCGUGCUCAAUUUGUAGUACUGCUCCUUGUUGUCACUUCUAUAUUAAUUUCUUCAGAAGAUCCAUCUGCAGACUCAAAUCUUCCUAGAACUUCACACCAUUCAGGACUACAUCAAGGAUGAGGAGGAUUUGGAGAUCUUUAAGAACAUUGGGGAGAGCAUGUUUGCCCUAUUUAUUGGUGGGACAUUGCUGGACGACUUGACGGACUUCACAAAUACGAUACGGCAUUCACCACUGCCACUGAUGCUCGUUGCUUGGUACAACAACUCUUUGCUGGUCCUUGCUGUUGAUGAUUUAAGCGUAAUAAAGAUGAGACGAUGAAGUACUAUCUCCACCUGUUCUAUCGAUUUACUUCAUUUUCCUGCUGCUGGUCCUCCUCGAAGGUGUCUUAUGCAUGCACGCUUACGAGUUAUUUUCCUGCUGCUAAACCUAAACUAGAACUACAACUGUAAUAAUAUGUAGUUCAUUCAAAUUCAUCCUCAUCGAUCCUUUAUUUGGUUGUACCCCUAACUCCUUUUGCUUUAUGUACGUACACCCAAUGAUCCCAAAUUCACGACCAGGUACCUCUUUGUCCUCCUUUCCUCGUUUACGGUAUUGAAUAUGCUCAUCGGUGUCUUGUGUGAAGUGGUUACACAGACAGCAGAAGCCGAACAGCAGAAGAUGGUCAUAAAUCAAGUGGGAAGCACAAUGGUCGAGGUCUUUGCAGAAGUGGAUAGCGAUAGGUCGGGACUGAUAUCGGAAUUAUGAGAACCAUAAAAAAUAUGAUGAAGAUGUUGACUAAAAACGAACUCCCAGGAUGAACUGGAUGUCGUAUCUGAACUGGUUGUCGUAUCUUCCUGCUUUUGAAGCUUUCUCUCUCUCCACACUCUAAGUUUCACCGAAUUCGAAGUGAUGAAACAGAAUGAUAAGGUGACAGCAGCACUAGAGCUGUUGGCGAUCCAGAAGUCUCAUCUGGUAGCACUGGCGGACAGCGUUUUCGGGUCACCUGGAGGCGAAGGUGCAUCAAGAGAAGUGUCUUUUACUGAUUAUGGUCAUGGUCUGUCGCUGAAGGUGCAUCUUCAACAGAAGUGUCUUUUACUGAUUAUGCUGGUCCUCACCCAAGUAAUAUGAGUACUCACCCAAGUAAUAGGUCUGUCUCUGUCAUCACUCAUCCAAGUAAGAGGAGUACGAGGACUUAGCUUGUCAAAUAAGAAUUAGACCAGGAUUUUCCUCGUUGCGCGACCUUGUUAUUUUUUCGUUUUUGGCUAGCCUAAGAAGGCCCAACUCUCUAUGGACCGACGUCGCCACUCCGCUAGCCUCGCAGUGGACCCGCUGAGCCGGAACCCCUCGUCUGGGAUGGCAACCAGUGGACUUUGCAGGCGUCCCCAGGGGAGCCGCCUCCCUUCGGAGGCUCUGGUCUGGGAGGCUCGGGAGGGGGUCAAAAGGGGGGGCAAAAAGGGCCCACUUUGACCCCCCAAACGAGGGGGUACAACAGGCAACACUUUUGGCCCCAAAAGUGUCGCCUGCUGUACCCCCCCAGGCCCCCUAAAGUGGGGUCGUUUUAAUGCCGAAAAAAGUGUCGACGUUUUAUUUUCAAAAAUGGGGUGCAAAAUGACCCCCAUUUUUGUCGCCUCUUUUUUUUCAAAAUGGACCCGUUUUGCGUACCCCUUGGUUGGCUCCGCAUUUUGGUCUAGGUUUGCCAUCAUUCAUGGCGGGCCGGAUCGCCUUGGGAGGUGCUCCGCUGUCGAUAUCGACGGCGCCGAAGGCCCAUGGUCGCGCAGCGUCCAAGGCGUAGGGGAGUUCGCCAGGCCUUGCCACUAGCGGCAUUUUUGAAAAAAAGUAAGGUUGUGCAACGAGAAAAAUCCUGGUCUAAAAGAAGUCGUCAGGGAGAUCUUAGGCAGAUCGAUGAGUAGACUCACAUCAUCAAGAGCGAGCACUUUCUUAGUAUUCUUUUCAGAGUUGUAGAACAAUUUUCAAGAAAAGCUAAGGAUCAUCAAUACUCAAGCGCCGUUACGCCUUGACCUUGCACCUCUGCUCUUCUUCUAAUGCUGAUUUCUCGAAAUGGCGAUACAUCUGCGACCGGAGAAUUUAGCGACGGUUCUGGAUUUAUGGUGCAAUUCAUACGCCACUCCAAGCUAAAAAAAACUGUCUCACUACUUUCUCCUCAUUUUCAGAGUCAUGAUGAUCGAUCCCAAGAACUACAACAGAGGUAGGAUCUUCAAACUUCUACUGGGAGUCGUGCAGAGCGGAUUUUCUUCUUCGCGGCAUGCCAUAUUUCACUACGUCUUGCAACAACUCCUUGAAAUAUCGUAACAGCAUCAUAACAAUCCAGCAACCUAUUUCUUAUUUGUUCACUAGUGCAAGUACAACUGCUAGAUGAAUCAUAGCAAUCCAACCGCAGCCAUUGAAUCAUAGCAAAAAUCCAACCGCGGCCAUUGAAUCAUAGCAAAAAUCCAACCGCAGCCAUCGCUUCAGCUUCUAAUAACGGUCAUCGAGUUGCGGAAUGUGAUGGGGGCAUACAAAAAACGGCUAGAAAACAAGAUCAUAGACGUCGAGUCCAGCAUAAUGCGAGAAGUCUAUAGGAAAGGUACUAAUUCUUCGAUGAUUGUAGAUAAUCAGAAUCGGAAUGGUUGACGACAUGAUGAUUGGAGAGGAGACUACAACAUGGUCGUAAUCCCUUUCACGAUUUCUUGAAGUCAUUGCUCAUUUUACUUUGUCUUCUCCUCUCCAACGAACAGCAACACGAUUAGUAAUCUCAAUACGUUGACCCCUCAGGUCUGAAGCAAAUGGAAGAGCAAGGUCCGAGUCUGACGGAGUACGAUGACUUAGAGGAGGUCAGACAACAAGCGGCUAGAGUUCAGCGCGUUUUGCUCAUGCUCGAUAAUGAUUAUUAAGGCUCAUACUCGAUAAUUAAAGCCAUACUCGAUAAUUAAAGCUAAUGACUACUAAGUUUAAGAAAGUGUAGCUUUCUUUAAGUAUAUUUAACACUAACGCGUUGCAACUUGUAUUUCUAUAUCUUCGCCCAAAACUGUGUCUUUCCUAGUUAGGUCGGCUCCAGGACAAACUAUUAAGGCUUCUUGUUCUUAGACUUAGCGUGGUGGAGGAUGGACGUGAACAAGAAACACUCAUUGCACUGGAUUUGGUACACUUCUAUGUAUACCCUCGGUACAACUGAAACUAGUGGUACCUGUAGCAGUGCCAGUAGCAGUAGCCUCUGUUAGUCUUCGCGUGACGUGCUUCUCAUUAUUCAUAAAUACAAGAAUAGGUUUCCGUUUCUCUUCCUUUUCCUUAGUAUCUUUCACCUCACCUGCUUUUUAGUCUUUUUUUCUAAUUCGUUUUUGAUAGUAAGUAGCUAGAUAGUGCGUGGUAUAUCUUUUCAAUUUCAUUUUCUGAAAGUCAAAACCUUCUCCUGCUCCUGACAGCUACUAGUAGUAAGUUCUCUUUCCCUUUUCUUUCACCUUCUCUAACCCCUCUACGCGACAAAGCGACAGUUGGACGAUUUGAAACGGGCAAAGGAGGAACACGCUUUAAUCCUCGGCAGGGGACGGCUAGCGCGCGGAAUUUAUCUCCUAAUCUCCUUGAUGGAGAAGAUCAGUCUGAAGAUCUUUGGACCCCCAGUCGAGAAAGAUAAAUUAUGCGUCUUUGUCUUUGGUGGAUUGUAUGUAUUUGUAAUUCAUUGUUCUAAACAAGUUGGACGAGAAGCGUGAAGUCCAUUUAUUUCUUAGUGGUUGGGUUGUUGUAGUUGUACUUGUUCUUUGGGUUCUACUCGUUGUUUACUAGCUCCUACUAGUGGGAGAAGAGUAUUUCUUACUUGUUGGUACGUGAUGUUCAUGUUGCUUAGCGGAAAGAGUCUACUUACACUCAUACUUUGUUCUUGAUAUUAGAACUGUUCAGUCCUUUUUCUUGGUUCUUGAUGUAUCGGAUUCAGGUCUAUUACUUAUUUUCACUUGCUACUUUAAGUAAGAGUAACCAAUUACUGCCUGUAAUUCUUGGCUCUUAUCUCCUGCUUACCAGUUAUUUUUACUUGCUACUCUCUCUAUCCGACUCGCUUUCUUCCUUGGUAAUCUAUCAGAUUUAUUAUGCACUUUAGAGACGGUCUCUAACAACCGGCAUGGAAGAGUAUGCGGAGCAAUUGCAGGAACGACAAGCAAAGAAGGGAGGCGAUGCGCCAGUUUAGUGUCUGGUAGAAGGGGAGGAAAAAGACGAUCCCAAUCAAGAAUUACAAUGUGUCCCGAGCUUAGAAGAAUUGAUGAACUAAUUCUAAUACCACUACUUCUACCACUAAUGCUACAGUUGUUGAUGAAGAUAAAGUUUGAGAGCAGAGAAGAAUUGGUGAACUUUUUAUCUACUAACACUACUUGGGAGCUUCGCAUUUACUAGAUUUAGUCUUGUCUCAUAUUGUCCUCUUCGACGAUUCUGAGGGACUCGAAUUCUAUAGACUGACAAGAUAUUGAAAUGUUGAUACGACAAGGAUGUCAUUAACAUUAUUCUUGAGCUCAUUUUUUCUCUCGCGCAAAAAUAAAUGUACAAGAACAAGAAGCAGCAGGUAGCACAUCCACAUCAUCAAGGACAAGGUGGCAUCUUUGAUGAAGAAUGCUACAUGACGAUUAGCUGUAGGCAUCGAUAGGUGUCGUCCAACCUUUCUGGCGGAUAGACCUGUGCGGGAUAGGGGGUAGUAGGCUGCAAAAGAGAU